AUGGGAGAACUUCUCUACCUCUAAAACCACACGUUGAGUAGAUGACACAAGGUUUUGAUAUUGAUUACUGUAUCUUGUUUUUUUUUCUUUUUUUCUUUUUUAAACUGAUUUUACGAUGGAAAACAUGAGAAAACAAACAAUACAGGCCCAACAGAGCUUUAGCUUUUGUGGACCUUGCCCAAUAGUGGUUUACACACCAAUUACAAAACAUAAUCCAGUUAUAGAGAUAGUGAGAAGUUAAGGGCAUUUGCAAUGGGAUGUUCUUAGAUAUGUUCUCAUAUGUGUUCUCACUAUUAAACAAAACAAAAUAAUAAAGGAAAAAAGUUUCUCAGCUACACCAUGUUUAGUAUAAUAUGGUGCAAACCAUCUAGAGUUUAGAAUUGUGUCGAAACCUACACGAUGUAUAUGAUAAAUACAUGCCACAUAUACGACGUUAAUAAAAAUAUGGUGCCAACAUCAUAACGAGGUUUAAUUGAUUUUAGUUAAAAUAAUUGGGGUCAGCUCGUAAUUAAGUAAAGUUAAACUCCAAUUAACAAAACCCGACCCGAACCAAACGAAAAAUCCGACCCAGACUUAACCAUUUUCCCCAAAUCGAUUUCAUUUAGAAAUUUAGGGUUCCAAACAAGAAAAAAAUUGGGAGUUUCGAAAAGAGAGUGAGAGAUUCGUCAGAGACAAAGAGAGAUUGCAGAGACAGAGAGAGAGAUCGAUUCAGUUUCGGCGAAAUCGAAUCCGGAUGUGGUAAUUGAAGAAACAAGGCGACAAUGAGUGAUUCAAUAUCGGUGAAGAUUAAUUGUUUUCACUCGGGUGUGUUCAAAACUGAAGAUGGGAAGCUAAAUUAUGUUGAUGGUCUUUUGGAGCAGUUUGAAGUCGAUGGUGAUGCGGCUUAUGAAGAAUGUAGGAAGAUCAUUGGUAAGAUAAUUACAAUGGGGAGAAUGUGGUACAAGUUACCAUUUGAGGAUAUAUCAGAGAAGAAGGAGUUGCUUGAAAAUGACGAAAAAACCAAAAAGAAGAUGAUUUCUAAUGGUCGUUGGUACGAGGAGCUUGAUGUCUUCAUAGAGACACCUGAAACUGAUGUUCUUACUGGUGAUGGUGCCGUGGUGGAAGCAGUGACUGGGCACGAACCUGUUGAUGGUGACGAGUCUGAUGCUGAGCAACAAGGUGAUAAUUCUGAUGGUGAUCAUGAAGCAGGAGAGAGUGAAAAUGAGUAUCAAGCGAGUGAUGAAUCUGAUAAAGAAGAGGAUAUUGACAGAAACUUUGAAGAGGAUCUUGAGAUGUUUAGGGAUGAGAACUAUGAGGAUGAGAUUCUAGACGAGGAUGAGGUAUAUCCUGACACGGAGCAGUCAUCUGAUGAUGAAGAGGAACAAGCUGAGAGGAUGGCUAAUAGGGGUGAAUUAGAUGGCGUUUUUAGUCUUAGGCAGACCUUUUACAGCGGUGAAGAGUUCAAGAAGCAAGUGAUCAUAUAUAUUCUGAAGACGAGAAGAAAUGUGGUCUAUGACAGAUGGGAAAAGACAAAGAUUGGUGCUAAAUGUAGUGGUAAAGGUUGUGUGUGGCGUAUAUACUGCUCAGUAGAGAGACCCAUCAAGAAAUGGAUGGUGAAAGUGUAUGUUAACACACAUACUUGCCAUCCCACGGGUAAGUGUAAACUCAUCAAAAGCCCUGCCAUUGCUGAAGUUAUGUUGGAGAAAAUCAGGAAGGAACCUGAAAUGAGUGCUCCAAUGAUUAGAGAAGAGUUUAGGGAUAAGUACAACAUCAUUAUCUCUCCCGAGCAGGCAAAGAUUGCAAGGCGUAUUGUUCUUGAUAAGCUACAGGCUGAAUGCAAUGAACAUUUUGCAAGGCUAAGGGACUAUGAGAUGGAACUAUUACGGUAA